AUGGCGAAAUCAGUAUCCAAAAACACCGAAUUAGAUGCAUGGAAAGCUUCACCGAACACAGAUACAUCUGCUCGUGGCGAACAACAACAUCAUCAUGAACGCGAAGAACCAUCCACCACAAUAAGAACAGUACAAAAUAUCGCCCUAGCAGAUGCGACAGCUAAACAAAAACCCAGCCUGUGGACAUGGAGAAUGGGUCAGCUCUACGUGAUCCUUUUUCUGGCCACGCUAAACGCGGCAGUUAAUGGAUAUGAUGGAAGUGUGAUGAGCUCGAUUAAUUCGUAUGCGCAGUAUAGGAGUUAUUUUGGAUUUGAUCUUACGAAGGGAACACCGGCGACGGGAAUUGUUUAUGCGAUGUUUACGAUUGGGAAUUUGGUUGGGGCGGGGUUUGCGGGGCCGGCUGCUGAUUGGAAGGGAAGACGAUGGGGUAUGUUCUUGGGCGCGGGUGUUAUUAUCGUGGGAGCAAUUGUGCAAGCUACCAGUCAGAACUUGGGAGCCUUUAUGAUUGGAAGAUUUAUGCUCGGUGUCGGCGCGGCAAUGGGCCCCAGUUCUGCGUUACCCUAUGUAAGCGAAAUGGCGCAUCCAUCUUUUCGAGGCGCGAUGACGGGUGUUUAUACGACGUUUUAUUUCGUGGGAGCUAUACCUGGGACAUUCAUACCAUAUGCUACGAGCUACAUCCAUGGAUCUCAAGCUUGGAGAAUCCCUUUAUGGUUGCAAAUGAAUUUUUCGGGGAUUGUCUUCAUCUUGGUACUGUUUCUGCCAGAGAGUCCAAGAUGGCUGGUAGCAAAUGAUCGACAUGAAGAAGCACUCGACAUUAUGGCAAAAUAUCACGGUGAAGGCAAUCGCAGUUCUCCUUUAGUGCAACUCGAACUCCGCGAGAUGAUGGAAGAGAUCUCCAAAACGGGUGCUGAUAAACGAUGGUGGGAUUUCAGAGAAUUGUUUGAUACGAGGGAAGUUCGAUAUCGUACUAUGCUGACUUGUGCUAUUGCUCUGUUUGGUCAGUGGACUGGUAACGCAGGUGCAGGAAUAAAAAAUAAUCACACCCAAUUACUUCUCCAAGGCAUGCAAUCAGUCCUCUCCUUCAUCGGUGCUCUCAUAGGAGCAGCCUACACUGAUCACUGGGGCCGACGCCCUCAGCUUCUCAUUUCCACCUCGCUCAUCUCUCUUCUCUUCCUCAUUAUUCUAAUCCUCAACGCCUUAAACACAACCACCGAUCCUGGAACUCACCUCACAGUCGCAAAAUCAGUAGCAGCAUCUAACGCUGAAAUCGCCAUGAUUUUCCUCUUCUCAUUUGUGUUUGCACGGGGUUUACAAUACUUUGUGACGGGGAUUGCGUUUAGUGGGGCGGGGUGGAGGUAUUAUUAUCUGUUCAUAUUCUGGGAUCUACUCGAAGUAGCUUUCAUAUACUUCUUCUUCGUAGAAACUAAAGGCAGAACGCUCGAAGAAUUAACCGAAAUUUUCAACGCUGCAAAACCAGUUAAGUAUUCAUUGAAGAAAUCGGAAGUCGUUAUUCAUGGUGAUGAAGGUGUAACUGAGGUGUUGGAGAAGGAAAUGGGAAAGGAGAGUUUAGGCUGA